CUGAGAUCCAAUUGGAAGGACAAGGGUGGGGCGGGGCUAGCAAACAGCCAUUGAAAUAGGGCUCACCAGAGGGGCUUCUUUCAGGUUUGCUUUAUUGAGUGUGCAGUUGCACAGGCUGUUUGCAACGAUAUUGCUGCAGUAUGACCGCCUUUAAGAGCUUUAAGUCCCUCGUCCAGCUGCAACACCAAGAAGGGACUUCAUUUAAAGUGGUCGGAGACUCUCGCAAGCUGCCCCUGUGGCUCCAUCCCGACUAUCUGGAUGGUCCAGAAACAGUGUAUGUGGAUGCUUGGCUGGUGGAAAAGAUGUUUGGUAAGGAUGGAAAGUACAUCCCGCGUGUGGAGUGUGUGACACGUACAGUGCUUCAGGUGAACCAGUGGAAAGCUGAAGAGGAAGCUGAGAUUUUGAUAUUUGGGCCUCCUGAUUACCAAAAGGAUGUUUCCCAAAUGAUCUCCAACUUGGUUGACUAUUUCUGCAAGCAAGUAAUACAAGAGGAGCACGGUUCUCAAGAGACUGAGACCCAGUGUCUUCCUGUGGCGGUUCGGGAGGCGGCCACCCAGCCGGUUCCCGUCGGGGUCCCUGUUGCUGCCACCCAGCCGGCUCCCGUCGUCGGGGUCCGUGUUGCUGCCACCCAGCCGGCGCCCUUCGGGGUCCGUGUUGCUGCCACCCAGCCGGCGCCCGUCGGGGUCCGUGUUGCUGCCACCCAGCCGGCUCCCGUCGUCGGGGUCCGUGUUGCUGCCACCCAGCCGGCGCCCGUCGGGGUCCGUGUUGCUGCCACCCCACUGUCUCCGGUGGAGGACUCCGAGGAUGACCCCCAGCUGCCUCCGGUGGAGGACUCCGAGGAUGACCCCGACUCCGAGGAUGACCCCCAGCUGUCUCCGGUGGAGGACUCUGAGGAUGACUCCGAC